CCUUCUUUUGUGUGUUUCUCUCGGCAACAUGAGUAGUUUUCCAGCAACUUGUGGCCGAGCAACAUUCGAACGGGAGCUCUUUUGAAAACACGGCCUUGCCGCCCCAUAACUAACUCGGGCCGCGGCCAACAAUAAACAAACAGAAAAAGUAGUGUUGCAUUUUUUUCGAAAUUCAACAAAAAUUACGUUAGUUUUUGUUUUUUGCAAAAAAUUCGAAAAUCCCCGAUCUUGAUCUCCGAUCUGGGGCCGCGUACAACGCGAUAACGCAUUGUUGUUAAUUUUUGUCUAGAUACUGCAGUGGUGUAUCUGCGAGAUACAUUCGGUGCGACACGUGUGUCUCAGAAGAGAGAGAGAAGAUUCUGCGUAAUCUGAAUCACAGGCCCCAGCGCGUGCGUAUGCGUGUCUGUGUCUGCAUCUGUAUCUGUAUUUGUGUGCGUGCGUGUGUGCAUCUGUGACAAAGACGCGCUUCGAUCGCGUUCUACAUUUUCGCGAGAGAGCGAGACAGAGUGCCAGCCGUAUCUGUGCUCUCGUUUUGCAUACUAAAUUAAAUAUAUACAAAAAUCGUUUUGCCACUCUAUUAAGUUGAAAGUUACGUAGAUUACGAAACCCCCCACAAAACGCAAAAAAAAGUGAAAUUUCUUAUACAACAGAAGAUCAAAAAGGAGAAAAAAGAAAUUUAAAUAAAAAGAUACCUACGUAUUUAUCUUUGUGUGUGUGUUUUUGUGACAUAUCAGAGACACACCAAAAAAAAAAAGAUACGCCUUCAUUUUGGAUUAAUCAACCAUCAGAAUCAGCAGUGGCAUGCCACAGUGCGGCCUCAACAUUCUCGCCGAGACCCGCUUUCAAUGAGAUUUAACUAGAUAAAUGAAUGACGUCUUCGAACUACCCGCAACGCAUGGCAUCGGCACCGGCCACCACCCCCACAGUCAGAGCAACGGCGAGGGGAACGGCAGCAGCCACGUAAACGGGAAGCGCACCACUGAGCUGGCCAUGGAGUGCCUGCCGCUGAGCAGUGCCGGCCAUCAUCCGCACCUGAUGUCGAGCGGUCCGCCGGUGGGCGGCGGAGGGGCAGUGGCCGCCUCGCCCACGGCCACAGUGGUGGUGGGGGCCACGUAUCCGCAUCAUCUGCACCACCACCACCAUCAUCUGAGCCACCACAGUCCGCACUACAGCAACAGCUACGGGAGCCAUCAUAUCCACGGCGAGCAGACCAAGUCGCUGCAGGAGCUGCAGCACGAGGUCGGUGCCCUGCUGGAGUUCCGGGAUCUGGUGAUCGAAACGUUUCCCGAUCUCAAGCAUAAAAUGGCCUCCAUGUCGGUCAGGCCCUCGACACCCACCUCCUCAGUGGGCGCCAUGGGCGGCAGUCAUUCCGUGGGUGGUGGCAGCUCCUCGUUAGCCACAAGACGGGAAUGGGAGCCGGGCAUACGGAUGACGAGGAAACUCUCGCACAAGGAACCGUCCACGUCGUCAGCGGCUGUAGCUCCGUCCAGAGCGGAGCCAUCGUCCUCGUCGCUGACGCGCAGCCGCAGCAAUUCGCAUAGCGGCAAGAAAGAGCCAAAGAGCGGAGAGAACAACAACGGGAGCGUUGUGCAGGACUCCGGCUUCUCAACGGAGACCAGUUCCUCCAAGGAGGGACACAGCGCCUCCUCCACCAACGGUGCUAUGACGGUGGCCAUAGCCGGGAAUCGCCUGAGCGGUUCAGAGUCCGACGAUGAGCUGUUCAAUCUGCUGGAUGUCAUCCAUCGCCGAUCGAAUCGUGUGCUCGAAAAGGUGGAGCUGCUACAGAGCAAGAGCUGUGCCGACGAGGCGGGGGCCAGCGGCCUGACGCAGAAGCAGUUCCUCGAGCAGGUGGAGCGACUGAACCGCGAGGACUUCAAGCAGCUGCGCAAGGAGCGCGAUCAGCUGCUCGACAAGCUGGCCGAAAUGGAGGCCGAGACGCUGACGGCCCGCAUCAAGGCGGCCAAGAUGAGCGACCGCAUGGAGGAGAUGAUCAGCGUGAAGAAGGAUAUCGAGGAGCAGCUGAAGCUGGCCCUGGCCCAGAAGCUGGAGCUGAGUCUGCGCGUCCAACAGUUGCAGCUGCAACAAAGCAAAAGCUCUUCCAGCACCAGCCAAUCGGAUUACUCCAGUCAACGCAACUUUCUAUCCUCAGCCACGACGGUGCUCUCGAAUGGCAGUCGGCCGAGCAACAGCGGCAGCAGCAACAACUUUAUCAACAGCAACAACACAUUCCAGCCGGUCAUCGUCGAUCAGCCAGCAGCGCAGGAAGCAGCAUUCCAUCAAAGCCCAGGCAGUGAUACAACAACAGCAACAACAACAACAAGGAGGCCACCACCAUUGGGCCGACUGGAUGGCAUUGUGAGCACGCCGGGUGCGCGCAAUACCAAAUGCCGGCUGACGGACACCAAGCGCAUCUCGGCCAUUCUGCUGGAGACGAACGUGCUGGAGCUGCAGCGCCACCUGCUCACCCUGUCCGUGCAGAACCAGGUGCUGUCGCAGAAGCUGGACUCGUCCAGCAAGUCCAAGACGCUGCUGGCCAAGCGGCUGGACAAGAGCGGCGAGGAGUUCGAGCACUUGCGCUUUCAGCUGGAGGAGAAGAGCAUCGAGCUGGAGGGCACCAAGGCCCAGCUGCGGCUCGUGGAGUCCCGCCUGCAGGCCAACAACAGCACCACCAAUUCGUAUCUGAACUCGUCGCAGCAUGACUACGAGACGAAUCGCUCGUCUGCCUCCACCACCCUGAUGCUGAGUCGCCGCGGGGUGCCCGAGUGCUCGGUGGACUCCUCCUCGACGGCCAUGCCCGCACCGCCAGUCACACAGAUCAGCACGCCCAGCAUGAAGGCCAUGGUGCCGCUGGCCAUGGACGAGCUGCAGCACAGCAGCAGCACCGAGUCGGCCCACGAGCAUGAGGGGACCCCAGGCCAGGGGCAGCGGCAGGCGCAGGCCAUGCACGUUACGCCCAACAACAACAGCACGCUGAGAAAGAGCAUCAUCAAUUCAGGGAGCCCCAGUCCGCUGGGCAGCAGCACACCCAGCAACAUUGCGGCCCGGGUGAUGAGCACAAGCGUCGGUGGGGUCAGUCCCUUUGAGCAGACGCCGCCGGCGCGACAGAACGCCUUCCGGAAGUUCGGAAGUGCCAGCAAGCCGAGCAAGAUACCGCUGCCGGGUAGCAAGGCGGCGGCCUAUUUUGCCGGCAAGCCGCCCACGGGCAGACCCUCGACGGGGGGACGAUCGCCACCAUCGGCGCAUAACUCCAGCAGCACUUCGUACGGCAGCAAGUCCUCACUGAGCCGCAGCACAGGUAACCUGCAGAGCCUGCGGCGCGCCGACUCGGCCUCCAAUCACUCGCUGAGCACCAACACCAGCCGGAGCUCCACAUCGUCGUCGAUACCGCUGGCCACCACACCCUACUCAUCCGGCUCGACGGGCAAUCGCAGCCAGUCUCAGACGGCUGCCGCAGCCACAGCCACAACUCCGUCCCCGCGUGUGCUCCAGAACUCGCCGCUGCCGAAGCUGAAGCGCGACACGAUCAGCUCUCGGGUGCGGCACCUGGACUCGCUGUCGCGUUCCCAGCAGUCGCCGGAGAUGCCCAAGGGCGGCAGCAACGGCUCCGCCUCCAUUGCAGCCCAGCUGAGCACGACGCUUCGCAAGGAUCUCCAGCUGCAGAUCGGCGGCUCAGCGGGGGCUCCCUACCACCAUAGACGUGGCGGGGCCUCGGCCAUGUCGGGCAGCGAGCGUGCUCCGCUGGGUGUGUCGAGGCGGUAUAGCAGCGCCUCUGUGGGGGCCGCUGGAAGGUUGGGGAGGGAGCAGAACGAAACUCUGACUUCCACCACGCCCACGUCCAGCUAUGGGGGCGGCGGAGGCGGCGACAGUGAUAGUGGCAAGAACUUGGCCGAGCCUCUUGACAAGCCAAAUUUCCGUUUCAAUAACCGCAAUUGGCAAUGGCAGCUAUGGGAAACGAGCAACCAGAACCACAAUACCACUACCAACGGCAAUGAAAUGGUUCUGGAUCAUCAGCAGAGAUACGAUAUUCACGAUGUGUCCGAGGAGACGGCCUACGAUUCGUAUUACACCCAAUACACAACGCCCGACUCGAUGGACUGUGGCAGUACCAAUCUGCUGGUGACCUUCGACUAUGGCUACAGUGAUUCGAUUGAGGCCAGAGCUGAGGAGCCCCUGGGCGUGGCUGGAGCUAAGGAGGAUCGGGGCGAAGGCGCCACCGACCCUGAUGGCAUCUGGUUUGGUCCCCCACCAAACGAUGCCAGGCCCUUCGAGGUACAUCAUGUGCAGCACAAGAUGCUCGAUGAGAGCCUGCAGUCCCUGGUUUCCUACGAUGUAGAUGAUUUUGAGGAGGAGCAAUCGGAGACAGAGACAGACCCAGAUGAGGAGGUCUUCUAUGAUAGCAUUGAGUGCACUUGAACGAUUGGCAGGCCAGGCAGUACUAGCUAUAACCCCUUAUAACCCAUUGGAACUAUCAUAUCUAAACUAGUCUAUGUUCGCAAUAAUAUGUUUUACCCUGAAACCCACCCAAACCCCCCCACAUGUACGGAGAAGGCAGAUGAUCCUAUGUGUAUGUAGAUGUAUGUAUGUAACGAUCCGAUGAUGGCAGAUUGCGAAAUGUGAAUUGUGACUGAAUUCGAUGUAGUGUUUGAUUUCCCCCGUUAACCCCCCCUCAUUCAGGGCCUUAGUCUAUACGCAUGAUGGUUUCUUCGACUAUUUAUUAUUACGCAACUGAAGUAUAUAUGUUAUAGCCCUACUUAUGUAUCUACGAGUACUAUCUGUAUGUAUUAUUUAUAUCGUAUCAAGUGGAAUGUGUGUGCAUCUUUGUAAGAGUCUUAAGUUAAUUAAAAUUACCUAGCACUACUGCUUAUUUACUCAAACUACUUUUAAAUGACUUGUACUAGGCUCGUGCCGGCUAAGUAGUUUAGUUGUUAAUCAAAUUUAGUUAACGCAUUGCAUCUAAUGUAUGUAUGUACAGUUUGAUAUAUAUAUAUAUAUAUAUAUGCCCUACCCGUGUACGAACUCUACUUAAGUCAGAAGCAAAUGUAAUAGGAUCUAUCUAUGUAUCUAUCAUGUUAUCACGAAACUGCGUUUACUACAUUUAUAAAACCAACAGACAGACAGAGGACAAAACCAACAAUUAUAUGGUUUGAUUCAUAUUAAAGCUACUAAUAAUAUAUUCAAAAGGCAGCAAAUGUAGAGACAUGCAUAUAUCCAUUUAAACAGCAAUUGUAAUUGAUGAACACGUAUAUGAAAAAGAAAUAAACAAACA